AUGUCCUCCAACGGAACGCUCAAAGACGGCCGACAGCUCGACCGCAUCGACGCAUAUGCAAAGCACUGGCAAAAAGACCUUAAAACAAACACAGACGCCGACACCGAGAACCGCAAUGCCGACUAUGAAAACGUGGUAAACGGAUAUUACGACGGUGCCACCGAACUCUAUGAAUGGGGAUGGGGGUCCUGUUUCCAUUUCAGCCGUUUCUACAAGGGGGAGGCUUUUAACCAGAGCAUUGCCCGCCACGAGCAUUUCCUCGCCUCGAAAAUGAACCUCAAGCCCGGCAUGCGCGUUCUCGACGUCGGAUGCGGUAUCGGCGGUCCAGCACGCGAGAUUGCACGCUUCGCCGACGUUCACAUUACUGGUCUCAACAACAACCAGUUCCAGAUCAACCGCGCCACGCGCUAUACCGCAAAAGCUGGUCUCUCCGACCAGGUCACCUUUGUCAAGGGCGACUUUAUGAAGCUCUCGGAACAGUUUGGCGAAAAUAGCUUUGAUGCCGUCUAUGCCAUUGAAGCCACCGUCCAUGCCCCCAGCUUUGAGGGUGUCUACGGCGAAAUCCUCAAAGUUCUCAAGCCAGGAGGAAUCUUUGGUGUGUACGAGUGGGUCAUGACGCCCGAGUGGGAUCCCAAGAACCCUGUGCACAAACAAAUCGCACACGAGAUUGAAAUCUCGUCUGGCAUCCCCGAGAUGCGACCGCUGGCCGUCUCUCGUCGUGCAUUCGACAAUGUCGGCUUUGAAGUGCUCUAUGAAGAAGACUUGGCAGAGCGACCGGAUCCUAUCGCAUGGUACUACCCGCUCGAGGGUGACAUCUUCAAGGCCCAGACGCUCUAUGACUUGUUCAUGUGCUGGCGAAUCAGCUGGUCGGGCCGUAUCAUCUCCCACAGCGCCAUUUGGUUCAUGGAAAAAGUUGGACUCGUCCCCAAGGGUACCGUCGAAGUCACCGAGCAACUCAAGCACGCGCUCAAGGGCAUUGUUGAUGGUGGAAAGACCAAGCUCUUCACACCAAUGUACCUCGUUGUCGCCCGAAAGCCGCAGUAG